AUGAAAAAAAAAUUAGAAGCUAAUAAUGAACCUUCAAAUGACGUUACAAUACCUGAAGUGUCUACUGAUAAAGUAAAAGAAACACUAGAAGAAAAAAUAAUUCAUUUAGAACCUGCAAAAUAUGAAGUAAAAGAGCAACUCCUAGAGAUAUCCUCUUCUGAAAGUUCAAAUUUAAAAAGAAAGUCAUCCGAUAAAGAUGAGAAAAUCAUAAAAAAGACAAAAAUUAGUUCUGAACUUUUACAUGCGACAACGUCAAAUGACGUUCCAUUACCAAAAGUGUCUACUGUUAAAGUAAAAGAAACUACAAAAGAAAAAAUAACUCAUUUAGAACCCACAAAAUGUGGAGCAAAAGAGCAACUACGAGAGUUAUCCUCUUCUGAAUGCCCAAAUUUAAAAAGAAAAUCAUCCGAAAAAGAUGAGAAAAUCAUAAAAAAGUCUAAAGUGAGUUCUGAAGUUUCGCCUUCAAAUAUGAAUGACGUGUUGCCUGCCGUGUCCGUUGUCGAAAUUGAUGAAAUACCAGGGAAAGAAAUAGAAGUGACGAAUGAUCCGAACACAAAUGAACUAGAUCACUAUAACGCGCCUUCGUUUAAGUCCCCUAAGUCUUGGUACACUUCUGACACAAUUAAUGAUUAUCUCAAAUUGAUAGUGAAAAGGUCCAAUGGCGAAGUUCAUGCUGUCGUUACCGACUUUAUACCAGCAUAUCUUCGAGGAGGUUAUCCAGCUGUCAGAAGAUGGAUAAAAAAAGAUAUCCAUACAUUAAAGUUUCUUUUUGUGCCAAUGAAUGUACUUGGCGGACAUUGGAUAUUGACUGUAGUAAACAUACCCGAAAGAACUGUAACGUCAUAUGACAGUCUUAAGUCAUAUGAUGGUCCGUAUCCUAUGGUAUUGAAAGAGUAUCUAACUGACUGGGAGAUGGAUAAAAAAGGAGCAGCUUCUUUGUGGACAUUAAAAAUCGGUGAGACGACUCGUCAAACUAAUGGGUAUGACUGUGGUCCAUUUACGGUUGAGUUAGCCGAAAAAAUGUCCCGUGGAGACACAACUCCUAUAAAUGCGAGUCUUAUGUCUUCU